AGCUGUGACAGGCACCACUUUAGAAAGCAGCGUGAUCCUCAAGUUUUGCACUUACCAGAUUGAGGCAGGUCAAGAUGGUGAACCUCUGCCAUUCAUCCUGUGUGACACCAUGGGACUAGAGGAGGGCCCAGCACAAGGGCUGAAUAUUGAAGACAUUCCUAACAUUCUAAAUGGUGAAAUUGGAGACAGGUACCAGUUCAAUCCUGUAUCAGCUUUGGAAAACAGCAAGUCCAGCAUGUUAGAACAACUGGAAAACAAGAUUCACUGUGUUGCAUAUUUUCUUGAAAUACCCAACAUACCACUUAUUCCAGACACUCUGCUGGAGAAACUUUGUGCAAUUUGAAAGAAGUCAAUAAAUUUAGUAAGUCAAUAUGAUUAUGCAGAGAAGUAGGGGCGUGUGGUCAAGUGUGUCCUCAAGUCCUGAGUAUUAUAUAAUAUUCUGAUUUUGACGAUAGAUUGUGAUACAAGU